AUGGGAAAAGCACCAGCAAUCAUCGGUGUUUGUUCAGUCAUAUUGGUGGCCAUGGUGGUAGCCGUGGCGGUCGGUGUUAGCCGCCGUAACGGUGGCAAGGAAGGAGGUGGCGAAGAGCCAGUGACAUCCAAUAAGGCGGUGAAAUCCCUUUGCCAACCUAUUGAUUACAAAAAAGAAUGCGAAGAGAGCCUCAAGGACACCAACUCAACCGACCCCAAAGAGCUAAUCAGGGCCGGCUUCCAAGCUGCAAUCCACGAGAUACAGAGGGUCGUCAACAACUCCGGCACCGUUAAACGAGCGGCCAAAGAUCCGAUGACACGUCAAGCAGUCGAUAGUUGCGAAGAGCUGAUGGGAUACGCGAUCGACGACCUACACAACUCGUUCAACGAACUAGGCGCAUUCGACGUUAGCAGGCUAAACGAAUACAUCGAGAACCUCAAGAUAUGGAUGGGAGGCGCCAUCACGUAUCAACAAACAUGCUUGGACGGGUUCAUUAAUGUGUCGACCGACGCCGGCGAGAAAAUGAGACAAUUAUUGAGCACUUCACAAAAGCUAACCAUCAAUGGCCUAGCCAUGGUUAGUGACAUUUCGAAAAUCGUCGGUAACUUAAACAUUCAAGGGUUGGGAAAAGGUGACAAAGCCGGUGCUAAACGUAAGCUAAUGGCUAAAGAAGGGUUCCCUGUGUGGGUUAGUUUUAGGCAACGGAUGUUAUUGCAGCAAAAUCCGUCGGAAAUAAAAUCUAAUGUUAUCGUCGCUAAAGAUGGUAGUGGCAAAUAUAUUACCAUCAAUGAAGCUUUGAAAGAAGUCCCUAAGAAAAGUCCUGCCCCGUUUGUGAUAUACAUUAAGGCCGGCGUUUACAAUGAACAGGUUAUUGUCGAGAAGCACAUGCAUAAUGUCGUGUUCGUCGGAGACGGACCGACGAAGACCAUCAUCACCGGUAACUUGAACUUUGCCGACGGCACUAUCACAUUCAAGACCGCAACUGUUGGUAUUUCCGGUCUGAAAUUUAUGGCCAAGGACAUGGGUUUCCAGAACAGUGCGGGAGCUAUUAAGCACCAAGCGGUGGCUGUUAAGGUUCAAGGUGAUCAGUCCAUCUUCUAUAACUGUCAAUUUGACGGCUACCAAGACACUCUUUACGCCCAUAGUCAUCGACAAUAUUACCGGGACUGUAGCAUCUCUGGCACUAUCGAUUUCAUCUUCGGCAACUCGGCUUCCGUCUACCAGAACUGCAAACUCAUCGUUCGGAAACCGCUCGACAAUCAGCAAUGCAUCAUCACAGCUCAAGGACGGUCGGACAACCGCGAGGCUUCCGGCUUCGUCCUCCAGAACUGCACCAUCACCGGCGAUCCAGACUACCUCCCGGUGAAGGCGAGAAGCAAAACGCACCUCGGUCGGCCGUGGAGACUGUGUUCGAGGACCAUCAUCAUGCAAUCUCAGAUGGACGACAUCGUCACACCCGAGGGAUGGAUGCCGUGGAACGGCGACUUCGCACUCGAUACCCUAUUUUACGCCGAGUACAACAACCGGGGACCAGGCGCCGAUAAGACACGGAGGGUUAAAUGGAAAGGUAUCCAACAGAUAAACGAGGCUCAAGCCCAGGAAUUCACGGCCGGCGUGUUCUUACGCGGUGAGGAGUGGAUCCAGAACUCCGGGGUGCCUUACACCGCCGGCAUGAUUCCUGGUCUGUAGGGAUCCGAUCAAAAUACAUAUAUGAAACCUAUGAUUAAGUAUUUAUGCAUGGUUUCGCAACGUUGGUGCAUAAUAAAACCAAACGUUGCUUAGAACAAAGAGAAUAAAA